GAUGUCGGCGGCAGAGCUCGGGCGGUUCUUCUGCACGGCGGGCCGCGGGUUAGAGCCCUUCCUGGCGCGGGAGGUGCGGGCGCGGCUCGGCGCCACCGAGGUGAGCGGGGAGCCGGGGCUAGUGACCAGCCGGGGGUUCCAGGUGGACUGCGUCUCGGGAAAAGUGUUCUUCAGGGCGGCGGCGGGGCCCGGAGAGCUGCGGCAGCUGCGGUCGGGGGAGCGCCUGUUCCUGCUGCUGAAGAAGCACAGCCCGCUGCCCGUGUCCGGGAACAGAGGGAAAAUGCUUCAUGAUAUUAAAAGCCUUGUCACUGAGGACCCAAAAUGCUGGCUGGAUAUUAUCUCUGUUUGGAAAAAGCUUCAUGGACACAAGGGGAAAACAGAUGAUGGCUCUAUAGAAAAUGCAUUGGCUCUGAAGAGGAAGUCAGAAGAAGAGAGAAAUAUUGCAAGUAAAAGGCAGAAAACAGAACAAGUGAGGGGAAUUGUGUCUGAGGAGUGUCAGGUGGGAGCUGGGGAGACCUGUGAGGCGCCAGCCAGAAUGAGCAGGCGGGAGUGCUGGACUGAGAGCAGGACUUGCUCAGAAUUGCCUUCCAGAGGCAGUGCAGAGGAUCCUGCUGCCAGUGAGGAGCUUGGCUUCAGCUUCAGAGUGUCAUGUCGCUGCAGUGGAGCGAUUGCCAGAAUACUGACUUCACAGGAGGUCGGCAGAGCCCUUGGCACGGCGCUGGUGAAGCAGUGCGGGUGGCGUGCUGAUCUGCGGGACCCUGACCUGGAGAUCUUUGUACAUCUUAAUGACAUUCACUCUGUGGUGGGGAUUCCUCUUUUCAGGCUUCCAUUGGCAAACAGAGAGUAUAUCAGAAGAGCAGGACUGCGUUCAACAGUGGCAUGGGCCAUGGCAUCUCUGGCUGAAAUUACGGCUGGUGCCCUUGUGCUGGAUCCCAUGUGUGGGCUAGGAACCAUCCUGCUGGAGGCUGCCAAGGAGUGGCCUGAAGCCUGCUACUGGGGUGCUGAUAUAAGUGAGUCGCAGUUAGAGGGUGCAGAUGGCAAUAUCAGAGCUGCAGGCUUGGUGGAUAAGAUUGAGCUGCUGAAAGCUUCUGUGACAGCGCUGCCAUUGCCUUCAGAAAGCUUUGACAGCGUUGUUUCGGAUAUUCCAUUUGGGAAGAAGUUCAAGACCACGAGUGAUGCUCAGCUCCUACCAGAUCUUCUCCAGGAAAUGGAGAGAGUGCUUCGUGUUGGAGGGACCCUGGUGUUGCUGCUGAGCCAGGAGCUCCACAGACACGUGGAUGGUUUGACCAGGAGUGCUGGAGGUGACCCUGCUGAGGCCUCUGCUGAUGGUGACAGUGGAGCGCAGGCCAUGGAUGGUUUGAGCAGGAAUGCUGGAGGUGACCCUGCUGAGGCCUCUGCUGACAGUGACAGCAGAGCAGCUCCUGCACAGGCCAUGGAUGGUUUGACCAGGUGUGCUGGAGAUGACCCUGCUGAUGGUGACAGUGGAGCAGCCCCGAGUGUGGAUGGGAAUUCCUCCUCCUUGGCCCAGGGAGGUGGAGAACCCCUUCUCAGCAGACAUUUCGGGUCUCUGCUGCCAGAGGGUGUCUAUGCCGUUAGCCUGGGCAAGACUGAUGCUUUCAUACACAAAUACAGGAAGGUGUCUGGGACUGGGAGCUGUCCCAGUACUGGGGCACUCCCUGGAGCUGGGAGCUCUCUGGCCCUGGGCUGAAGGGAACUGGAAUGCUUCGGGAGCAGCAGGGCAGGGCUCGGUGAGGCUCUGCUGACAGACACACCCACUGCCAUCCCUUAGGUUGCCUCACAUUCCUGGCAUGUCCUAAAGGCACUGUGCUGUUGUGUCUCUGGUUUUUAGGAGAGGUGGAAUGUGACUGUGUUCACAGGGGUCCGAGGAUGAGGGAAGAGACGAGGAUCUGACUCCAUGUUUCAGAAG